GGCAAACUACACUUAGCUGCAAAAAACAUGUAUAUUGACCGCAUCGGAAUCACCGAAACCAAACAAAUAAAAUAUAAUGGGUUACACACAUCACACGCGUUUGAAGUAAUGGAACUGGAAGACAAUAUCGAACUAUACAUUGGCUCAGACCUUUUGCCUAAACUCGGAAUCUUCCUACAGGGCGUUGCCCAUAAAUGGGAUGAAAUAGAUAAUUCCACCGAAAAGAAAAUUGACCUGGAGAGCGGUAAAGAUGUACCAACACCAAACAACUCUCCAUAUAGCACACCUGAAGAACGCAACAAACUCCUUCAAGCCAUACAGCCCUUUCUCGAUGAAAACCAGAACAUUUCCAAAACAUCAGCCUGUACUGUUCCUGAAUCCAUCGUAUUGUUACCCCGAGAA